UCCUGCGUGGUGCUUCACUGAACGAAUGCCGGCCUGGAUAUGUUUUUUGUUUGUACUGACGUUUUUAGUGUACUACUUCGACCUGGAACCGCUUGAAUAUUGAACCGGGUAAAUGUCCUACAGUGUUUUCGCUUUGUGGGUAAUGGGCUUGACUAAUGCUGAACAAUGAUGCAUAGAUUCUGCAGGGAAGCCAUCUAUACAAUGACAAAACCACCACAUUCAGUGGCAACAUAUUAUUCAACAAACGCAGCAAGAUUUCAUUCCAAUGAAGCUAUUUGAUCUCCUGCAGCACCCGUUGCAGGCAUAAGAAAGCUAGUAAGAUCAACAAGAACAACACACACAAAUGCAGCAGUAUCGGGCACAGCAGCCAGAAAUGGUUCACCACCAAAUACAGGUACAGCAAGCUUUCCAGCAGCCAAAACCUUUCUCCUACCUGCCCCAGGAACAGCCACAUCUUCAACAGCCGAGCUGCCCCCCCUUACCACAGAAACAGGCCUUAGGUGAACAGCAUCGCCACCAAUUGCAGAACUUACAGCUGUCCCACUGUCUGCCGAUGGAGCAGCAACAUAAAAGGGAAUCUUAUAGCCAGUCACAAGAACAGGAAUAUAAUAAUCUCCAACAAAAGAUGCAGGAACAGCAGCAUAUGCAACAUUUGUAUCACCAUCAGACACAGGAACAGCUUCUUCAGCAGCAGCAGCAUCGUCAUCCUCAACAGCACUCACAGCAGCAACGUUUUUACCAGCAAGAGGCCCAGAAUCAAUUGCAGCAGCAGCAUCAACCACAUGUACAGCAACAUUUAGAAGAGAAACAUCUCAAUCAGCUGCAGGAAUAUCCCAUACAGACACUGCAUUAUAAACAAGAUCUUCAGGAACAGCAACACAUAUUGCCGCAGCGGCCUCUGCAACAACAGCAGCAGCAGCAGCUGAACACUCAGUUGCAAGAGCAACAGGGUUUUCAAACGUUAUUGUACAGACGAGAACAGCAGCAACAACUUCAAGAGAUGCGCUCUUAUCAGCCCCAGGAGCAACUUCAAGAGAUGCGCUAUCAGCCCCAGGAGCAACAGCAGGUACAUCCCCAGCAACCACAGGAACAGCAGCACAUCCAACAAACGCAUUCUUGCCAAUCACAGGAGCAACAGCAUCUCCAGAAGUUGCCCUUUUAUCAACUUCAAGAGCAGCUGCACUUGCAUCUCCAGCAGAUGCUACCCCCCCAACCACAGAAGCAGCAAUACUCACAACAGGGGCAACCCCACCAGCCACACACACAGCAACUACUGAAUACUCAACUUAAAGAGCAGCAAAGUUUUCAAAAGCUAUUAAGUAGUGAAGUACAGGAGCAACAGCGCUUCCAACAGAUGCGUCCUUAUCAACCCCAUAAGCAGCAGCAGGUAUAUCCUCACCAUUCACAGGAGCAGCAGCAACUCCCACAACAGUUGCAUCCUCCCCCAUUGCAGGAACAGCAGCACCUGCAGCAAAUACAGCCCCACCAGUCACAGGAGAUGCAGAAACUCCUACAGCUGCAUUCCCACAAGCUAGAAGAGCAGCAACAAAUAAAGCAGAUGCAGUCACGCCAGCAUCAGGAGAACUUGCAUCAGGAGAACCUGCUACGGGUACAACAACAAACAUCACAGGGGCAAACCCUUCAGCUACAGGUGGGACAACUGAUUCAACAGCUGGAUCACAAGCAAGAGUGCAGCCAUCCACUGCAACAACAGCAGCAGCAGUAUCUCACUCUACAGCAGCAGAAGCACCACCAGCUGCUGCAGCUACAUCAUCUCCAAAAUGAACAGCAACAAAACACUGUUAAUCCUAAGGAUCUCCAAAGUUCAGGGUACCCCAGUGCCAGGAGUGACACGCUUUCUGUCAACCAAGGAGUAGCAUUUCCACCCCUUGGUAACAGAGAAUUUCAGCCAUUAUCUGAACAGUCAAAAUCUGAGUUGUUCAGUGCUAGUUUGAUAUGUAGAAACAAUGUUUCUGGUACUCUCCAAUUCCCUUCAGGGAACAAAGGUAUUGAUUUAAGCCAUGGUACACAGAAAAUGAAUGUAUCUGCUCUCUCUGGUAGUGUGCCAGCAACAAAUGUCCACAAACCUAUACAACCUCAGCCUGAAAGAUUUCCAUCUUUUAAUGUGCAAGGUAGCCAUCCAGCAGACCAAAUAUUAACAACAAAUGUGAAUGCAGAGCAUCAACUUUCUCUUGCUGGGGGACUAAGAGUUCCUUUUGAUGGUGUGUAUAUUGCAGGAAGACAGCAGACAUACUUGGAUAGAACAGUUAAUCAGCAUGAACUUGUAGUUAACAAGGACUUUCCUUUACUUAAACCAGAAACAGAUAAGCAGUUCAGUCAGCUUAAUAAGGAAGACAUUUUGUGUAAUAAUUCUAGAACAGAACAUUCUCAUUUUCUCUUGACACCUAACCAGAGUGUUCAGAAAGAUGUGCACUUUGAGAAAUGCGGUAUUGAAUUGCACCUUUCAGGUAAUCCUGAUUUACUCAUGCAGUUGCCAAGAACAGAAAUGCAGCUCAGUAGACCCAGACAGGAAGAAGAGGUUCUUUUCUCAGUGAUGUCACCCAGUCAGUGUACAUUGAAAAAAGAUGGCAGUGGUUUUAAAGAGCCGACUUCUUGGUUGAGUGGCAGAAAGAUUUAUUGCAGUGAUGAGGGUGCCCAGAAGGAGAGGCACAGAGAUGAGUGCUUACCCAGUGAAGUAGGCCAUUCAGAUGCAGCAGUAAGAAGUGAUGAUACUGUGGAUUAUGACAGUUCUGUUGAUAUUCGAGAUCUGGAGCCAGCUGAACAAAUUUAUGAAGAUGAGCAGUGGCUCAAGAAAUUCUUAUCAAGGAAGCGAACGAAAACUAGAUUAAAGCCUCAGUUACCAGUCGUAUCACCAUCUGUAAAUGAUGCUCGAGAGGUUUUGUACAGCACCCUUAAGUUGGUUUCAGAACUUUCAAGUUUAUGCCAGACACUAAAGCAAAAUAUGGAAAACGAAACUGUAUGGGCUGAGACAUUCAAUAAAGCAGCCAGAGUCAAGAAGGAAUUGCUUGGAAAAAUAGAAAUUCUUCGCGAUGCUACCUACAUUGAAAGUGUUAAAAAGAAAGUAGUAAAAAUUAAUAGGAAACGUGACCGUAUUCGUAGAAAAAAACAAGAGCAAAUCCUGGAAAAAGAAGAAAGGGAUGCAAGGGCAGCCAAGAGGCUUGCAAAAAUUGAUGCAUGGAGAAUGCGCUGUGUCCAAGAAGCUGAAGAAGCUGAUCUGGAGAGAGAGCUUAAAGCUACUGCAGAUCGUGUUUUGUCUGAAGUAAGAAAAAAGCAAGCAGAUACUAAGAGGGUCGUGGACAUUCUGCGUGCUGUAGAAAAAUUGAGGAAACUGAGGAAAGAAGCGGCUGCAAGAAAAGAUAUAUAUCCUUCUGUAGCAGCAGAUGAAGCUUUUAAUGCACAUCUUUUGCGAUUAAGAAAACUGAUUAAAAAGCGAACUGCACUGUAUGAAACUGAAGAGAGAACCUUAAAGGUAAUGCUGGCUGGAGAACAAGAAGAGGAAAGGCAACGAGAGAGGGAAAAGAAACUUAGGAAAGAAAAAGAAAGAGUUCUUCAGCAGAAGAAGGAAAUUGAGUCCUUGUUGUUUGGAGAACCAGAUGAUUUGCCCCCAUUGCACCCUCUUCAGCCUUUCAGACAGUAUUACUUACAAGCCAGUGAUUCUCUUCCUGCACUUGUCCAAAUCAGGCGUGAAUGGGAUCAAUAUUUGGUACCUGAAGAUUAUCCUGAUGGCAGCUUUAUUCCACGAGGGUGGAUCUUGCCAGCACCACCAUCGGCUGACAGUUGGGCCAGCACUCUGAAACUUGUAGAUUGAACUGACAUUGACGGUUUUAUAUAUUUAUGCGACCUUAACUGUUUGGUUUAUAACUGGGUUCAGCAGUUCAGUUUGUGUGUGUGUGUGUGUGUGUGUGUGUGUGUGUGUGUGUGUGUGUGUGUGUGAGGGGAUGAUCAACUGGUUUUCAAUUGAAAACAUUUACACAAGAGUGAGUAAGGUGUCAUAUAUUUUUUCCCUUUUCUGCUUUUUAGGUUGUGGUGUUAUAAUGGUGACUGAUAAUCUCUGUCAUACUGUUCAGUAUUUACAGCUGUCUAUUUUCUAAAGAAACAUUUUCUAUGUUACAGAAUGUGUUUUACAGUUCACCCUCCUGUAAUGUUACUGUUUGUAGCCCCCCCCCCCCGAUAGACAAUGAUGCUGGCAUGUUCUGAUUUUUCUUGGAGAGUGCAUACAGAGAAGUAUUAUAACUUAUGGGCUUCUGUUCCCUGUUAGUCAUGUAGCCUUUUUUGUCAAGCAGUUGAAGGUCCUGUUGAGUGAAGUGUUACUUUGAAGGUUCAUAGGUUGUUUCUUGUCAUGCAGUUUUGGAGACUGGAGACCAUUAAGAAACCUAACCCAAAUUCCCAAUUGCCCCAAGUCAUAGUUUGGUUAACUGACUUGCUCACAUACCUCUCAGUUGUCCAAAUUUUUGCUUAUAUUUUUAGUCCGUUACUCAUAAAAUGUAUACUUAGUGACUUAAAUCCUCAGUGAUUUGUCAAAAAGUAAUGAGUCAUUUGAGUUUCAGACUUCAUAUUCUUCAGAAAAGGCAUGCUAAUGCAAAAUAUUUUA